AUGCCGAAGCCAAAAAGAACUCGUAGUCGUGCUCGUUCACUUGUUGAACUACUUCAACGAAUACAACUUCAAGAACAAUCAAAUGUACCAUCAACAAUAAGUACAAUUGAUCAAUUAUUAAAUGAUGCUGGUUCAUUUGGUUUAUAUCAAAAAAUUCAAUUUUUUCUUGUUGGUCUUCUUGCUAUAUUACCAGCUAUGACAGCAUUUAAUUAUGUAUUUAUAGCUGCAACACCUGAUCAUCGUUGUCAUUUACCAUUAAUAAAUUUUACUGAUACAUUUCAAAUACAAUCAAAUGAACAUGAAAAUUAUAUUAAUCAAUAUAUUCCAUUAUCAUUAAAAGAUCGAAAAUGUUAUUUAAAAUCUAUAAAUAAAAAUUUAAUACCAUGUUCAAAAUGGGUAUUUGAUAAUACAUUUUAUAAUACAACAAUAUCAACAGAAUGGAAUCUUGUUUGUGAUCGUCUUCAUUUAAAAGGUAUAACACAAAAUGCUUAUAUUAUAGGUACAAGUGGAUCAUUUUUAACUGGUAUUAUGUCUGAUAAAUUAGGACGACGAACAACAAUGUAUUUACUUAUAUUAAUUUUAGUUAUUGUACUUAAUUCAACACAAAUGAUUAUGCAUUCAAAACUUUCUAAUGAUAAAAAAUUAAUUAUUUUUACAAUAAGUCGAUUUUUAACUGGUUUUGCACAAACAACUUAUUCAAUAACAUUAGUUUUACUUUUAGAAAUGACAUCAGCUACAAAACGAGUAUUAGCUAGUAAUAUUCUUUCAUAUUUCUAUACAUCAGGUGAAUUAUUUAUAAUGCUUAUCUAUUAUUAUACACGUGAUUGGUCAUUAACAAUGUGGAUAUUAACAAUAUAUGUAAUGCCAUUUUUAUGUUAUUAUUGGUGUAUACCUGAAUCAGCUCGUUGGCUUGUAUCAACAGGACAAUUAUUACAAGCUCGAAAAGUUCUUCAUCGUAUAGCUUAUAUAAAUCGUCAUACAUUAGCUAAUUCAGAAAAAAAACUUUAUGAUGAUUUACAACGUGAUGCUCGUAAACGUCCAAAACGUUAUUCAUAUAUACAUGUUUUAACUAGUUUAUUUAAAUCAUCUGUUAUGCGUCAACGUUGUUUAAUUAUAUUUUAUAUAAUGAUGACAAAUUUAAUGGUUUAUCUUGGUAUUGGUAUGGGUAUAACAACAUUAACAAAUGAUCGUCCAUAUGGAAUAUUUCUUUUUUCAAUUGUUGCUGAAUUAUUUGGUCUUUGUUUAUGUCAUUUUUGUGCAACAAAAUUUGAUAGAAAAAUUCCAUUAAUAAGUUUUUUUACUUUAUGUUCUUUAUCAAUAUUAAUAAUACCAAUAAUACAUAAACAAUAUCCAUUAAUUAGUUUAUUAUCAGCAUUAUCAGCUAAAUUAUUUAUAUCAGCAUCACAAGCAUUAUCAUGGAUAUAUACAUCAGAAACAUAUCCAACUGUUAUACGUUCAACUGGUGUUGGUCUUACAGUUAGUAUUGCAAGACUUGGUGGUGUAUGGGCACCACAAAUAUCAUUAUUAGCACAAUCUGUUUGGUUUCCAUUACCAUAUAUUAUAUUUAGUAUAUGUUCAUUAAUUGCAGCAUUUUUUGCAAUAUUUUUACCUGAAACACGAACAAAAUUAGCUUUACCAGAAACAAUAAAACAAGCAGAAAAAUCUGAUAAUAAUAUUUUAAUACCUCAACAAACAUUAAAUCAAUUAAUACAAUCAGAAAUAAUAAUAAAUCAUAAUCAAAAAUUACCUAUAUGUUAUGAAGAAGAAGAUCAUGAUACACAUAUAGAAGAUAUAUCAUCUUCAGAACAUACGAAAUCACAAGAAGAAUGUAUAUUAAUGAAUAUUCAACAGAAAAAUAAAAUUGAAUGUGAAGAAAAUAAAGAAUAA